CCUAGUCCCCUACAACUUGAACAUAUUUCCUGAUUGUGAGAAUGGAGUGAAAGAACUGGUUCUCGAAGCUGUCAUAUGCAUAUUGAACCACUUUCUUAAUACUCGAUCGGAAUGAUACCAAUUGGAAAAUUGAGGUAACACAUUCGUGAGUAGUGCAAGUGUUCUGACUCUUGUUGCGAUGUAUAGAAAGGAGUUAUUUUUGGUUUUAUGUUGUUUAGCAGGUUGCUUUGCUCAGUUCAAAUGUCCAGCAAGGACAGGUUAUUUUCCUGAUCCGGAGCAAUGCGAUCUCUACUACGUCUGCUCCAGAGGAAACUAUGAGGAAAAACUUUGUCCUGAUGGUCUAGUGUUCGACGACACAAAUCCCAAUAAGAAGAAAUGCGACAUACCAUCCAAUGUUGAUUGUGGAGAUCGAGAACUCUUACAGGAACCAAAGCCUAGUGAAGGAUGUCCUAGAGCUAACGGAUUCUACAGACACUCAGAUCCAGAAGCUUGUGAUAAAUUCGUCAAUUGCGUUGAAGGAACACCAAUUGAAAUGUCUUGCCCACCUGGUCUCAUCUAUGAUGAUGUGGAAAGUACUUGCUCAUGGCCUACUGAGAGCAAUAGGAAGGAUUGUGGAAACAUCAAAAGAGACUCAUUAGAAGACGGUUUCUCUUGCCCUGAUGAGGAGGCUCUUGGUGCAGAAGGAAGCAAAAUGCCACAUCCUACUUACGCUCAUCCUGAGGAUUGCCAGAAGUUCUACAUCUGUAGGAAUGGUCUUAGGCCUCAAAAAGGAGCUUGUCCUUAUGGAAAGGUUUACAGUGAGGAUACCUUGAAAUGUGAGGACCCUAAGGAUGUCCCUGGCUGUGAGAACUAUUACUCAAAAGAUGAUAAGAAACCUCAGGGAAGAAGCCAAUGAGGAAUAACUUCGUGGAUCAGUCAACGAUGAAAGUUUACUUUGUUGAGUUUAUGCAACUGUAUAUUUUGAAUAUGUAUUUAUUAUUAGCUAUUUGGAAAAUUCAGGUAAAAUAUUGAGGAAUUCUGAGUACUGAAGAUAUGUAUUUUACAUAGAUAAACCUCAAAAAUUA